UAAGAGCCCAAACCUGGCUUUUACUUCGCUGGUUAUAAAUGGUGACUUUUGCUCUUAGUAAAGGAGGCAGGAUUAAGUUGUAUGCUGCUUUUCCUCCUCUGAAGCAAAAGCAUAAUGCCAGGAGGUGGUAGCCAGAAAGAUGUCCCUGAAGACCAUGAGGAGGUCAUCAGCACGGUCUACAGCAGCCCAGUCCCGCAGCAGUCUCCGGAGUCCAAUGAUGAACCAUUCACCACCUACUUUGAUGAGAAGAUCCCUAUCCCUGAAGAUGAAAAGCACUCAUGGUUUAGCUUCCGCAAACUCUGGGCCUUCACAGGGCCAGGUUUUCUCAUGAGCAUCGCCUACCUGGAUCCAGGCAACAUCGAGUCGGAUUUACAGUCCGGCGCUGUCGCAGGGUUUAAGCUGCUUUGGGUUCUGCUGCUUGCCACUAUCAUUGGUCUCCUCCUGCAACGUCUGGCAGCAAGGCUGGGAGUGGUAACAGGACUGCACCUUGCAGAAAUGUGUAACCGGCAAUAUCAAAAGGUCCCUCGAAUUAUGUUGUGGCUGAUGAUUGAACUCGCUAUCAUUGGGUCGGAUAUGCAAGAAGUAAUUGGCUCAGCAAUCGCUAUAAACCUCUUGUCUGCUGGGAAAGUCCCGUUGUGGGGUGGAGUGCUCAUAACCAUUGCUGACACGUUCAUGUUUCUCUUCUUGGACAAGUAUGGCUUGCGAAAACUGGAAGCAUUUUUUGGCUUUCUUAUUACCCUCAUGGCGCUUACGUUCGGAUAUGAGUAUGUUACAGUAAAACCGGACCAGGGAAAGCUGCUGAAGGGGAUGUUUAUGCCUUACUGUGACAAGUGCGGUACCCCCCAGCUAGAACAAGCUGUGGGGAUCGUGGGAGCGGUCAUCAUGCCGCACAACAUGUACCUGCAUUCUGCUUUAGUCAAGUCGAGGCAGGUGAAUCGUGCAGACAAGAAGGAGGUGCAAGAAGCCAAUAAGUAUUUCUUCAUAGAGUCCUGCGUUGCCCUCUUUGUCUCCUUCCUCAUUAACGUCUUCGUCGUCUCUGUCUUUGCUGAAGCUUUUUUUGGGAAGACUAAUGAACAAGUGCACAAAGUCUGCACAAACAGCAGCAGCCCCCAUGCCGGACUCUUUCCAAAUAACAAUGAAACCUUGGAAGUGGAUAUCUACAAAGGGGGUGUUGUUCUGGGAUGUUACUUUGGCCCUGCUGCUCUUUACAUCUGGGCAGUUGGGAUUCUUGCGGCAGGUCAGAGUUCAACAAUGACUGGGACCUACUCUGGGCAGUUUGUCAUGGAGGGAUUCCUCAACCUGAAGUGGUCGCGUUUUGCUCGAGUGAUUUUGACCCGCUCCAUUGCCAUCACUCCAACCCUGCUGGUCGCCAUUUUUCAAGACGUUGAACACCUGACUGGGAUGAAUGACUUCUUGAACGUUCUUCAGAGCUUACAGCUUCCCUUUGCUUUAAUCCCAGUCCUCACGUUCACCAGCCUGCAUCCUGUGAUGAAUGACUUCGCCAAUGGACUAGGCUGGAAGAUCGCUGGCGGUGCGCUCAUUCUCAUUGUCUGCUCCAUUAACAUGUAUUUUGUGGCGGUCUAUGUCACCGCACUGGGACACCUUGCCUUGUAUGUGGUUGCAGCUGUUGUCUGUGUUGCCUACCUGUGCUUUGUAGCAUAUUUGAGCUGGCUGUGUCUGAUUGCUCUUGGGAUCUCCUUCCUGGCCUGUGGGCAAACGUAUCAGCUGGGACUUACUACUCACCCUGAACUCUUCCUUCUGAACAAUGUCGAUGCAGACUCAAUUGUGACUAGAUGAUUCCCUGAACUGCAGUAGCAAGAACAAAACCAAUUUUGAAGCCCUUUGUGCUGCAGAAAAGGAUUUUCCUUACUUUUGGUUAGUUCAGAAACGGGUAUGGUCAAGCAUCAUGAAUGACGGAAAGAUUUCCUCCGAGAAGGAGCACAGGAUAAAACUGACAUCUGCAGAGGAGUAUCAGAUGGAAUCAACAGACGUUGCACUUGACAUCAGCCAUGAAGGUUCUCAGAGGACCAAUGAAGAGCCAGAGUCAAACCAGUUCAUAGUAUCACAUACCCUAUGGGUUUGUCUUCCCUUUAGGUACUCGAAAUAUUUUCUUUAAUCCUUUUUUUAAUUGUAAAUUAUUUGGGUAGUAAAUUAUAGAUAUUUGAAUAUCUUAUUGAUUUAGAUCUAAACUUAUUCUGCUUGGUGUUUCUUAGGUCAGUUAAAUGAUGGGACACUAACCUGUUUUCCAGCUUUUGGAAGAUUGUCCAAAUGAGUAACGUUAAGAUUUUACAUUUGAUUUUGAAUGAUCUCAUUUAUGAAGUACACUAAGGAGACUA